GCCGUGCCAGUCAGUCGUAGCCAGUCCGCGCAUCAACGACGUACCACAUCACUUGUUGUCUUGUUUCGUUCCACGUUCCAGGCGCACCGCAGCAGUCACCGUCUAACCACCUGAAACAUUUUCAUCAAACAACGAAACCAAACGAUGGCUCCUUCAGUCGCUGAUAUAGUGAUGGACUCCGACGAAAGCGACGAUGAGCUUAUCGACGAAGAAUAUCAAUCUUUCUAUGAAUUUUUGAACAGCCAUUUUCCAAUUGUUAACGAGGUCAAUCUCAAUUUGAUCGAAACUCAUAUCCAAACUGAUCAUCGCUACAAAAAUCUUGUGAUUGAUAUUAUGUCAGAAGUAAAAAGUGAUAAAUUGAAAGUGUCGGUCGAGAUUAUAAUGAGAACCCUGAUUGAUGACGUACUCCUAAAAACAUAUUCGUAUCACAACGGAAGAGUAGAAUCAAUUCCUAAAAACUUCUACGAAUUGAACCUUAGUGAUAUUGUAUUUGAAUCACUAAUCGGUCAGCCCCAGUACGAAAACAGCUUCAACGAAAUCGAAAAAGAAGUCAAAGCAUAUAUUUUACAAGCCGAACAACGUUAUAAUCAAGAAAAUAAAAAAUAAAUUUUUUAAAUUUUUUUCAAUUAUAAAGUCCAA